AUGCAUAAGGCAAUACAAAAUCAAGGGGCUACAUCAGUCAUCAACCAAACCAAUAAUAAUCAUCCCAUAGCAGUAGGAGAAUCAGCUCCAUCAACUAAUAAUAGAGCCUUAAACGACGAGCAAAUAUACCAAUGGAUAGCAGAAUUAGUUUCUGGUACUAAUAGAGAACGUGCAUUAUUGGAGUUGGGGAAGAAACGUGAACAAUAUGAUGAUUUAGCAUUAGUAUUAUGGAAUUCAUUUGGUGUUAUGACGGUUUUAUUAGAAGAAAUCACGACUGUAUAUCCAUAUUUAAAUCCACCAACCUUAACUGCAUCUGUGUCCAAUAGAGUUUGUAAUGCUCUUGCUUUAUUACAAUGUGUGGCAUCAAAUGUUCAAACUAGAGGAUUAUUUUUAAGUGCCAAUCUUCCACUUUAUUUAUAUCCAUUUUUAUCAACUAAUGCAAGACAAAGAUCAUUUGAAUAUUUAAGAUUAACAAGUUUAGGAGUGAUAGGUGCUCUUGUUAAAAAUGAUACACCAGAAGUUAUUAAUUUCUUACUUACUACUGAAAUAGUACCUUUAUGUUUAAAUAUUAUGGAGAUUUCAUCUGAAUUAUCCAAAACAGUUGCUAUUUUCAUUUUACAAAAGAUUCUUGUUGAUGAUCAAGGUUUAAGUUAUAUUUGUACCACUUAUGAAAGAUUCCAUACUGUAGCCACAGUUUUAGCUAAAAUGAUUGAACAACUUAGUACAACCACCAAUACACCUCAAGCCAAUCAACAAAACUCAAAUAGUUCAGGUAGAUUAUUAAAACAUGUUGUGAGAUGUUAUUUAAGACUUUCUGAUAAUAUUGAAGCAAGAAAAGCAUUAGGAACUUUGCUUCCCGAACCAUUAAGAGAUGGAACUUUUUCAUUAAUCUUACAAGAUGAUUUACAAACCAAGAGAUGUUUAGCGCAAUUAUUAACCAAUAUUAAUGAGACUCAACAGUCAUAG